GUUGGUCAGGAGUGCCUGCACGCCAGCUGUCACAGUGGCAGCUCCUGCCUACUGCAGGUUAUUUAUACACAGGAGCAUACCACAGCAGGAGUGCUAGGAAUGUGCUGUCAGCGGAUGCAGCCACUUCCACUGAAUAAGGACUUUUACCUUCAUCUUAGUAAGAACCACAUCAGUUGUCAGCUGAAGCAAGACUUGGUGGUUUGUUGUUUUAAAGCAAAGUUUCAGCAAUGCAUAUCUACAACUCGUAGGCAUUAUAAGGGAAGCUGAUGCAGGGAAUCUUGCAUCGCUCGGCUAAAUUAACAAUAAAUAAUAGACCACCAAAUAUGUGCUGGGUUUAUGGACUGCAUGUGAGUCCUUUGGAGCAGCAAGAGGAUCAAGAACAAACUACAGAAUUGGUAGAGAGUUUUGCUGUGGUUGCUCCUGAGUAGUUGCCUUUUCCAGGUAGCUGAGCAGUCCAAGCUCACUGUUUUGGACAAUGACUCAUUCCUCCCAGGAUGCUGGAUCUCAUGGCAUCCACGAAGAAGGAAAGCUCUAUGUUGUGGAUUCCAUAAAUGACUUAAACAAACUCAGUCUCUGUCCGACAGAAUCACAACAUCUAUUCUCUUUAGAGGAGAAAAUCCCAAAUGCUGGCACAACCCCAGGGAACGGAAGCCGGGGCCUGUUCUUUGUGGGGCUGCUUCUGGUGUUGACAGUCAGCCUGGCUCUGGUCUUCUUUGCCAUCUUUCUAAUAAUUCAAACAGGAAACAAGAUGGACGACAUGUCAAGAAGAUUGACAGCUGAGGGAAAAGACAUAGAUGAUCUUAAGAAAAUCAACAACAUGAUCGUAAAGCGACUCAACCAACUGGACUCUGGACAGAACUGAAAGAAUUUUUCCCCCCAGGAGUGG